AUGGAACAAGCAAAAUCUGCACUCAAACCGGUUGAAGCAACCGUUACUGAAAACGUGGACGACCUCAUUGCAGGCGAUUUAGAAGACAAAAGCAAUAAACCAAAUUCAUCUGAAGCAACAAAUGGAUCGAUAUCAUCUGAAAACAAUGCAUCUGAAUCGAAAGGCACAGAUCUUGGACAAAUGAGAAUUCGUAAUAUUCCAAUGCCAGAAAAUGCUCAAGGAAUCAAACAGAGAUUUUAUCAUCAUUUACAUUUUACCGUCGUUAAAGAUCGUGAUAUAGCUAGCAAUCAUGAUUAUUAUACAUCCAUGGCUUAUACAGUUCGUGAUCAUCUUGUUGGUCUAUGGAUUCGUACAAAUCAAUAUCAUUUUAAAAAUGAUGAAAAGCGCGUCUAUUAUCUAUCUUUGGAAUUUCACAUGGGACGAGCAUUAUCAAAUUGUAUGAUUAAUUUAGGCAUUAAAAAUACUGUGGAUGAAGCUAUGUAUCAAAUGGGUUUGAAUGCUGAAGAAUUAGAAGAACUUGAAGCAGAUGCAGCACUCGGCAAUGGCGGUCUUGGUAUUUUUCAACAAAAAAUUACAAAUGGUUAUCAAGAUGAAUAUCCAGAUAAUUGGUUAAGAUUUCCAAAUCCAUGGGAAAUAGCUCGACCAGAACAUCUUAUACCUAUUCGAUUCUAUGGUAAAGUUAUUAAUGAUGAAAAUGGAAAAAAGAAAUGGAUCGAUGCAGUAAUUGUUCAUGCUACGCCCUAUGAUACACCCAUACCUGGUUAUAAUAAUAAUGUAGUUAAUACAUUACGUUUAUGGUCGGCAAAAGCUCUAGGUGCAUUUAAUUUUCAAUUAUUUAACUCCGGUGAUUAUAUUCGUGCUGUUGCUGAAACAAGUUUAACAGAAAAUAUCAUUCGAGUAUUAUAUCCAAAUGAUAAUUUUGAUGAAGGAAAAAUUCUCCGUUUAAAACAAGAAUAUUUUUUGGUAUCAGCAUCAUUACAAGAUAUUAUUCGACGUUUUAAAGAUUCAAAAUCAUUUUCAAUUUCAAAUCAAAAAAUUGAUUUUACACAUUUUCAUGAAAAAACAGCUAUUCAAUUAAAUGAUACACAUCCAGCAUUAACUAUUGCCGAAUUAAUGCGUUUAUUCAUUGAUGAAGAAAAUAUUGAAUGGAAUCAAGCAUUUGAUAUAACAAAAAAAGCUAUUGCUUAUACGAAUCAUACUCUAUUAUCUGAAGCACUUGAACGAUGGUCUAUUGAAAUGUUUAAAAACCUUUUACCACGACAUUAUGAAAUUAUUCAAGAUAUUAAUUUACAUCAUUUGGAUCUUGUGAGAAAAAAAUGGCCAGGUAAUGAAGAACGUGUUAAGCGUAUGUCAAUUUUUGGAGAGGAAGAACAAGUAGUCAAAAUGGCUUAUUUAUCUGUAGUCGGGUCACAUGUAGUUAAUGGUGUAGCUCAACUACAUAGUAGUUUACUUAAAUCUACGCUAUUUAAGGACUUUUAUGAGCUUAAUCCAGAAAAAUUUCAAAAUAAAACAAAUGGUAUAACACCACGUCGUUGGCUACUUUUAUGUAAUCCAGAUUUGUCUGAACUUAUUUCAAGUAAAAUUGGUGAUGAUUGGAUUACAGAUUUAUCAGAAUUAGCAAAAUUACGCGCUUAUAUUAACGAUGAACAAUUUAUUCGUGAUGUUCAACACGUCAAACUUGAAAAUAAAAAGAAGUUUGUUAAAGUUCUUCAACAUGAUUUUAAUAUAAAAGUUAAUCCAGAUACAAUGUUUGAUGUACAAGCAAAACGUAUGCAUGAAUAUAAACGGCAAUUGCUAAAUUGUCUUCAUGUUAUUACACUAUACAAUCGUAUUAAAGAUAAUCCAAAUAUUGAUAUUGUACCACGUACAGUUAUUUUUAGUGGAAAGGCUGCACCUGGUUAUCUAUUGGCGAAAUUAAUUAUCAAACUAAUAUGUAAUGUUGCACGAACAGUUAGUAAUGAUUCAGCAGUUGGUGAUCAUCUGAGAGUUCUUUUUCUUGAAAAUUAUCGUGUUAGUCUUGCUGAAAAAAUUAUUCCGGCCGUUGAUUUAUCUGAACAAAUAUCAUUGGCUGGUUUGGAAGCAUCAGGUACAGGUAAUAUGAAAAUGAUGCUCAAUGGAGCUUUAACCAUUGGUACAUACGAUGGUGCAAAUGUUGAAAUAGAUCAAGAAGUUGGACGUGAUAAUAUAUUUAUAUUCGGUAUGACAGUUGAAGAAGUUGAUGCAUUACGUAAAAAAGGAUACAAAUCGAAGGAAUAUUAUGAACGUGAACCGGAAUUAAAACGAGCAUUAGAUCAAAUACGAGAUGGAUUUUUUUCACCUGAAGAUCCAAAUCUAUUUGCUGAUAUUAUUAAAAAUCUACUUGAAUUAAAUGAUCAUUAUAUGUUGCUUGCAGAUUAUGCCGAAUAUGUGAAAGCACAAGAACGUGUUGAACAACUUUACAAAAAUCAAACUGAAUGGACAAAAAAAUGUAUUUUAAACAUAGCUGGAGCAGGCAAAUUUUCAUCGGAUCGGACGAUUAGUGAAUAUGCUAAAGACAUUUGGAAUGUUACGCCAUUAAAGUCAAAAUUACCAGGACCUCAUCAUGACAGACCACGCAUUAAAAAUAAAAUCGAACAAGUUGAAAUGACUCAAUCGAGUAUUCGACAUGAAGAUUAUUAA